CCCACCCAAAAGAAAUUUCCUUGCAAUUUCCAUGGACUUCAUGCGUUUCCAAGAAGCUCUUUCUCUCUCUGAAUAUAUAAAAUCAGAUUCAGAUUCAGUUUGUUAUGUGUAAAGUGUCAAUUUUGGAGCUCUCUCAAAUCAUUCCUCAGUUUUCUUCAUCUCAACACGUCAUUAACAGAUGAAGUGGUUUUCGAAAGCAAGUAAUCGACGCCUAAAUGAGGAAAGAUUUUUCGAGAAUGGAAAAAUUUUAUUGGAAGGAUUGAUUGCAUCUUGUAAUGGUAAAUGUAAUCCGAUCCGUAGCUUCAGUGUUAAAGAGAUCAAGAUAGGAACAAACAACCAUGAUCCACAUAAUAUUAUGAAAGAUUACGGCUUCUAUAAAUUGUAUAGGGGUUCUCUGCAGGACCGGCCAGUUUCUGUAAUGAAGUUUAUUUCAGAGAGUCACUGCAGUAGAAAAUAUAUUUUUAAUUGCAUUGUAUUUGCAUCACAAAUGAGGCACAAAAAUUUUUUGAAGUUGAUCGGAUGUUGUUUAGAGAGUGAGCUUCCCGUUCUAGUUUUUGAAUGUAUGCAGCAGUGGACUCUUGCCGAUCGUAUUUAUGGAUCAUGUGAACAACAUUUGUCAUUAACACAGAGGUUAAAGAUUGCAAUGGAGAUAGCUGAUGCAACUGCGUAUCUCCAUUGCGGGUUCUCUCGACCUAUUGUUUCUAGAUGGAUCAUACCAUCCAAUAUUGUGUUCGAUGGAGAAAAUGUUGCCAAAUUAUUCGAUUUUGGAGAAUCCAUAUCUAUUCCAGAAGGUGAAACUCACAUAAAAGAUUAUAGAGUGGUAGGAACACUACGAUAUCUUGCUCCUGAAUAUAUGUGGACAGGCGAAUUCAGUGAAAAGUUGGAUGUCUAUAGCUUUGGUGCAUUGCUAAUUGAUCUUUUAACUGGACAGGAGAUGCAUGAUCCUGUUGAGAAGAAAUGCAUUGAGCAGAAUAGGCUUACUGAGAUUGUAGAUCCGAUUAUUGUUGGUACUGGACUAUCUUCCGAAAAAGAAGAGCUAUUGCAAGAAUUUCAAGAGCUUGCCUUUAAAUGUCUCUCUGAUUCAGAGGAAGAUAGGCCAACUAUGGUUGAUGCAGCAAAACAACUCAGGAAAAUGUAUAAAUCUGUAUGUCAAUCAAUGUCUUAAAAGUUAAAGCAUAUGCUCAUAAUUACAAAGUUCUGAAGUUUUAUGUAUUCAAGGAGGCUUGAAAUGCUUUUGUAAUAGACCUAUCCUUCAUAUUUUUUGUUCUGGUAUUUAUAUUUUCUUUGUUUCUCAA